AUGCAUAUUCACUCCCUUCUUGCCCUGACCCUGGUGGCCACCACUUCGGCCUUGCCCUCCCUUCCAGAAUGUCUCAUGAACGAGGAGAACCGCUCGCGCGCCUGCCGUGAGAUUGGCCCCGUGCAGAGCAAGCCGGAGAAUUUUGACGGCGAGAAGCAGCAGAACCGCGGCGGUCUCCAGGGCCAGAUCGAAUAUGUCGACCAGCAGAUCGGCAAGGAGAUCGAGUGCCCCGAGUGCAGCAAGAACAUCGUCGGCGACCUGGCCCAGUCCGGAUCCAUCGGACAUAACAACAUGGUCACUGGCCAAGGUGAGCAGCAGCUCGACAUGAUCAAUGGCAAGACCCAUGAGGAGUGGAUUGGUAUGGGCGAGAAGCAGCAGGAUGCCAUGCCCCAUGGCCAGAAGUCCAACUUCAAGAUUGGCCAGAAUCAGAAGCGCAACCAGCACUUCGGCCAGCUUUUUAACGGCCAAUCCAACACCCACGGCUCCAUGAACAUGGACACCGGCAAGGCCCAGCAGGAUGAGCUCAUCGCCAAGGGCCAAGGUAUGACCCAGGAGCUCUACAACGGCAUGGGCCAGGCCAACGGCCGCUUUCAGGAGCGCGACCUCACCCACAACUGGGGCAACCAGCUUUACCAGGGUCAGAACGAUCAGCAGGAGCAGUUCAACAAGGGCCAACAGACCCAAGAGAUGUUCAAGUCCAACGGUAUCAUCCAUGACUUCAACAAGGGCCAGGGCAUCCAGCAACUGUACAACGGCCAGCAGAUGGACAACCAGCCUCAACAGCAGUGGAACAACGGUCCCAAUGAUAUCCUCAUGACUACUCAUCAAUUCUACCAGGGCCAGCCUAUCAACACCCAGGAGCUCAACAAGGUCCAAGGUCAAGGUAUCCAGCAGCUGUACAACGGCCAGCAGAUGGACAACCAGCUGUACAAGGCCGGUCAGAACACCGGUGUCUUGAUGACCACCGGCCCCAACCAUCAGCAAGAGCAGUUCAACAAAGGCCAACAGACUCAGCAGCUGAACCAGAUCGGCGGCCAACAGACCCAAGAGAUGUUCAACAAGGGACAACAGACCCAAGAGAUGUUCAAGUCUACCAACAACAACGGCAUCCAAGCCCGUCACGAGAUCACCCAGACCGGCAUCGCUGAGCACCUCGAUGGUCAGAACAAGCAAGGUCAGCAGGAGAUGUUCUCCGGCCCUACCCAGUCCAAGCCGACAGAGGAGUGGAUCCAGAACGGCAAGCAGCAGGAGCAAUUCUCCGGGCAGAAGCAAGGCCAAGAACUCUUCAACGGCAAGCAAGGCCAACAAGAACUCCUCCGCCUCGUGUUCACCCCCCAGCAAAUGCUCAACUUUGUCUCUUCCCAGGGUCAGCAGCAGUGGGUUAGGGAGCAAAUCGUUCAGGAGAACGGGAAGCAGCGGGCUGUUUGGACUUGUGAGAAGUGUUGA